AAUUAAUAGCAUCAAUCAUUGCAGAACUGCGAACGCUAACUCGUAUUUGAUUUCUUCUCAAAAGUGUAUUUGAUAGUUUAUAACAAGCAGUUAUUAUAAGAAAUUUAACGUUUCAUUAUACAUUUGUAUUUUCAAGACUUUCUUUUGAAAGUAAACAUAAAGAAACAUGAUGUAUAAUGUAAUGGGACAUACAGCGAAAUGUCUCCUAUUUUUAUCAUGUGUUUUAAUGAUAGAUGCAAAAUCUUUAAGAGGAAGACUUGAUAUCAUUGAACAAAGAAUCGGCGUUGUUGAAUCACGAGUAAGCGCUGACAACCAACUGACAAAAGAUAUGUUUGUGUCAUUGCAACAACAUUUCGAUGAACUCAACAAUUCUAUGAUAAAUUUCAAGGAUCAAAUAUGUCCUUUAAUGGAUCAACAGACAGAAAAACUGGAGCAAACUGAUUCUUCAAAAAGUGUUGAAAUUCUAAAGUCAAGUGAGGUGCCGGUACUGUUGCUGUUAGGACUUAAAAGAGAAAAACAAUGGACAAGAGAUCAAGUGAAAAAUCUUACUAUUCAGUUUACAGAGCAUACAGAUCAGUUACAAAAACACUUUGAAAACCUUACUUAUCAGAUUAAUUUGCAAAAUGGCCAGUUGAUUAAAGGUUAUUCGAAGCUCAACAUUGAAAUGAUAGGCAAAGAUGAAAGGGCGAAAAAUUGGACAAGAAAUCAAGUGGAAAAAAUAAAAAAACAUAUGUAUGAACAAAAUGAUCUGCUGAACAAUACCUUCCUAGAGCUCAGAACCGAACAAAAAGAUGGGAAAGCAGAAAUGAAAAUGACUUUAGAUCAAGUGAAAAAUCUUACUAUACAGUUUACAGAGCAUACAGAUCAGUUAGAAAAUCAAUUUGAAAACCUUACCUAUCAGAUUAAUUUACAAAAUGGCCAGUUGAUUAAAAGUUAUUCGAAGCUCAAAAUUGAAAUGAAAAGCAAAGAUAAAAGGGCGAAAAAUUGGACAAGAAAUAAACUUGAAAAACUAACGAGUCUUAUACAUAAACAAAAUGAUCAGCUGAACAAUACCUUCUUGGAUCUCAGAACGGAACUAAAAGAUUGGAAAGCAGAAAUGAAGACCAAUUUUGAAAUGAUAAAUGCAAAAAUUGUUGACAAAAUCCAAUCAAAACUGAGCAAAAUUGACGAAAUGAGAACUCAGGAAUUGAUAGUUGCACAGCAGAAAGAAAUAAAAGCUUUAAAAGAAACUCAAUCUAAACUUUUAAAUGCUUUACGUUCCUGUCCAUUGUAUUGGCGAAAAUUUUCAUCGUAUUGUUAUUGGCAUGUGAAAGAGGAAAAAUCGUUCAGUGAAGCACGUGCCCAUUGUGAAAGUUUAGAAGCAACCUUAUCUAACAUUGACGUUGAAAAUACAGCAGAGAAUACUUUCAUACGUAAUAUUAUUCUAAAUAAUAAUUUCAAAUUUGUGUGGGUCGGUGAUUAUGAUAGCAACGAGGAGGUGCAGUGGAUAGAGACGUUGGUAGACGAAACACAGGAAGGACAGGCAUACGAAUACCCAUAUUUAUCCAAUGGAGUCGGAGAUCGAUACACAAAUUAUGAAGAAAAAUGUGUUUAUAUUGUUGGUAACAACAACAAUGGCUGUUCUGUCGACUACGAUGUACAUUUUUGUGAUUUGUUUUGUCUCGGACAAUAUCCAUUUAUUUGUAAAAAAGAAGCCAAGAUAGAUAUCAAUUUGUGAACACCAGCAUGCAUGUUUGAUGCAAGGCUGCAAUACUUCACUUCAGUGUUGUUAAAGUGUUAUAUUUUUCUGGUUCUUCGGGAUCAUUCAUGCCAGCACUAUUAAGUGUUGAGAAUUGAGUACCACUCAAGCUGAGGGAUGUUGCACUUACUUUAUUAUCCCUCUUGUACAGACUAAAACAAACCGAGUCUGCAACUUUCAUGUAAUUUUGUUGAAAUUAAUGCUUUCGAGGGAUCACUUUGUUUCCAGAUUUUUAUUGGACCUUUUGGUCAUUAAAAUGCUUGCUUUGUUUAUACAUUUAUCAUUGUGCAAUACUAACUUGUAUGACUGAAUUAUGAUACCAUACCAGUUUGAAUCAUGGUACAACUUUUAGCACUGAAUUAUAAAAUCUUAGUGUGUAAUAUUGUACAAUAAUAACUUGUAUUAUUAAAUUAUAAUGAAUGCUGGUUUGUAUCAAUGUACAAUUAUAACCUGGGUGACUAAAUUAUAAUGUCAGUUUAUAUUAUUGUAAAAUCUUUACUUGUAUAUCUGAAUUUUUGUUGAUUUAUUUUUGCAGUCCAUGAUAAUUUUCAAUUGUAUAUUUCUCUUUGAUUUGUAUUUAGAAAACUUUUUUUAAUUUCUUUUAUUCGUAUUUUUAAAUCAACUAUAGUAUUAAAUGGCACAUUAAGGUUUUUUUCUCUUCAAUAAAUGAGUACGGAUGAAGAAAAAGUGACAAUUUCAUUUAUCAAGGCAUGUUCCCAGUUUCUCAGCGCUUGAUAUUUAAGUAAACGCAACGAAGAAAGGGGGAACAUAAUUCUGCAAUGAAUACUCAUUGUCACAUUGACCAGUUGAUAGUUUCUCUUUACCUCAACAUGUCAACUCUGUAACUUUAUGGAUAUAUCCUAAAUCAGACGACAUGAAAAUAUUGGUACUGACUGUAAUUUUAUGAAUCAGAAAACUAUGUUUUUUUUCCUUUUUCACAUAAAUGUUUUUGAGUAUUAAAGUAUUAUUUUAGUAAAAAAGUUAUACAAUGUAAUUGCAAAUGUUAAUAUUAAACUUAAACAUACUUGGUGUAAAGUCAAUCAA